AAGGAUCUCACUGGAAAAGUCAACCCUGGUUCCCCUCUGGUGCCUGGCAGCUCAGCCGAAACUCUCGAGCCAGGACGGUGUGGGCCCCACCCCUUUCCUCGCCUUCAGGUUGCUCUGCAAUCGGACCCCUCUGUGGGGUCAUCCAGAUGCUCGGAGCGGUUCGGCUAGCAUCCCCUCUGUGUCAUGUUAGGUCCCAGGGACUUUACCAGAUUACAGAAUGGACACCUGGCUCGGGACUAUCUCCUGUUGGCCAGCGUGGUAUUUCUUUGAAGCCAACGCAUGAGGCUCAGCUUGCAGAGUGGUACUGACAAGCUAAACUGACGUAGGGCAACUGAAAGCGUUUAUAGAGACAUCCUUCCCGCUCAAGCCCCUUCCUUCGAAACACAUCCACACCAGGCUCCAGAGAAGUAUGGGGGAUUCACGUUUUAUACCCGGAACAGCGGUCUCCGGUGGAGGGGAGGUGGGGUGGGGGGUGUGGAGCACACGCGCAGCCUCAGGGCCAGAAGGAGUCAGGUUGCCUGCUGUCCGGGAGGAGAGGAGCCAUGUGAUCUCCAGCUCACCAAUCAAGCGGAGACAGACUCCUCCAGGCCCGCCCGGGCUCGUCCACCCCCACACUCCUCCAGCUCCCUCUCUCCAUCCAGGCUGCGACCAGAGUGGCGCUCUCCGGUCUCUGAGGGAGAACUUGGCAUCAUGGCCACCCCGUCGGGUUGGGAGAAGGAGCUCAAGCCACAGGAGGGUGGCGGCGCCGCAUGCUUUGGCAGAGAAGGUGACUCCGCCUGCGCUCUGGCCGCACCCGGAGCCAUUUUGAAUAUUUCGGAGGACCCGGGGUCACCCUCCAAGGACUGUGAGCAAGUAAGGGGUCGCCCUGAGCACCGGGGCAGCCAGAGUCCCCUCGCGGAGCUCAGACGUGUGGGGCCCGAGACCGGACAAAGUCUCCAAACUGCGCCCACGGAGAGCGCAGGAGCCACGGGGCAAGCCACGAGCGGUGCUGCCCAGCUCUGCGGGCGUCCGGCCCAGACCAGGAGCCCAGCGAAAGGCCGUGGGCGGAAGCGGUCCAGCGGCGUAGAGGCUGCGGGGGCUCCGAAGCAUUCAUGGCGCUGUCUAUUUCGGGGGGCGUCCGCACCUGAGGCCUCUGCGACUUUGCCGCCAUCUUCUCCAAUGGCUCAGCCCAGCAGCCAUUGCCGCCGCCCUACACAUCGGGCUUCUCCGUGUGAUCGCGCCUCUCUGCCAGGCCCAGCCCUACAAAGCCAGAGCCUGCUCUCCGCACCAGGCCCUGCCCUCCGGAGCCGCACGUCCCCGCCAGGCCCUGCGUCCCGCCGCCGCGAAGCCUCGUCAGGCCCUCUGUCCCGCGGCGGCGAAGCCUCGCCAGGCCGUGUUUUCCGCCGUCGCGAAGCCGCGCCAGGCCGUAUGUCCCGCGCCCGGGAAGCAUCGCCAGGCCGUGAGUCCCGCCUCCGCGAAGCCGCGCCAGGCCCUCCGUCCCGCGGCGGCGAAGCAUCGCCAGGCCGUGAGUCCCGCCUCCGCGAAGCCGCGCCAGGCCCUCCGUCCCGCUGCGGCGAAGCUUUGCCAGGCCGUGUGUUCCGCCGCCGCGAAGCCGCGCCAGGCCCUCCGUCCCGCUGCGGCGAAGCCUCGCCAGGCCGUGUGUUCCGCCGCCACGAAACCUCGCCAGGCCGUGCAACCGGCAGCCGCGAAGCCUCACCAGGCCCUGCAUCCCACCGCCGAGAAGCGUCGCCAGGCCCUGCGCCCCGCCGCCAUGUUUCCGCGCCAGCUUCUGCUUUCCGCUGCUGUUCCUUUGCGCCUGGUCCUGCUUCCAGGAGCGGUGCAGUUGGGCCAGGCCCUGCCCUGUGCAGCCCGGCCACCGCGCUGAGUCCCGCCCUGCACAGCGGGGGUACCACUCCAGGCUUUGUUGGCCUGAGCCGCCCCAUCCUGAGAGGAUCAUCCCCUACCAGCCAAGCCUGUCUCUCUGGGCCUGGUGGUCAGAGUCCUCCUUUUCGUGGGUCCCCCUUAGGAAGGCGUGUCAUGGAGAACAGCUCAGGCUCUCCUGAUCCUGAGGUCCCAAGCCUUCCUUUCCCCCCGUGUUGGCAUGCGGUCCGUAUGCGUGCCUCCUCACCCCUACCUCCUGGUAGGUACUUUCCUUUGCCUGGGUGGUGUGAUGAGAGUUCCUCUUCCUCCUCCUCGCCCCCCACUAAUUCUGGCCAGAGGUCCUCUUCCCCUGAGUUUUCUGACCCUGGCUCCGUCUCCACUCCUAGUCCUGGUACCAUUGGGCAUGACUUGCUGCUCGAGUUUGCUGCCCUGAGCCCUGUUUCUCCAUAGGUGCAGGUUGAAAUAGGGAGCAUCGCUUCUCCCCCUACACCUCCUAUGCUGAAUGAGCUGUCUCUCCCGGGGUUCCCUGUGAGGUUUCCAAGAUUUCUGUCCACCAACACCCAAAGUCUCGAGUUUUGAAGCCUCCCCUUCCCAAGACUCCAUCACCCAGUACUUACCUGCUGUUGGCCCUUCAUUCCAGGCCCUCUUUUUUCUCAGGAGGCCCUCCUUUGCCCCUGAGAUGAGAUUUCCCCCUUUCCAGGUUGCAAUGCAUUUUUGAUGAAUAAAACUAAAAUGUUGGCUUUA